CACUGCAAUUCCUCCUUCUGCGCUCUAUGCCUCGCACACAGGCCACUAAGGUCCGCUCGCGCGGUAAAGCCACUGCCACUGCCACUGCCGCUCCACAAGUCCUCGGAGCAAAGACGAUCGAGCGCACCGAUCAAACUACCCUGACCACGUCAACGCAACUCAUUGAGCAACAGCAGAGCACAGAGGUUGUCCAAAGCCUUAUUCAUGGCUCUAUCAGUUGCCUCUCCUACCUAAGGAGCCUUUUCCCGGAAGGCUGCUUCGAUGAGCAAUGGUACGAUUACGGCGACACUCAUUGGCCCUACGAAGACUAUGCUGCUGGCAACUACCUUCCAGAGCACUCCUCGAGUCAGGCCAGCGCUAAAGACAAAGGCAAAUCCGACCCCAAACUCAAGGGAACAUGCAUGAGAGUGCUGAGGCGGGGGCGAAGCAAAGCUGUUGACACACUUCUUGAUUGGCUUGAGAACGGCGCGUUCGAUGCCUUGAAGCACGGCCAUCUCCGUGCCAUCCAGCUCAACAUAUUCGAAGAUGCAGACCACCCCUCCAACGUCGUCGAGACCUACACAUUCACGUUCAAUUACGUACGGUCGCCAGACCGCUCAGUCGCGGUGGUAGGAAUUGAGAUGACCGGCCCAAAAGCUGAAUCUGUAACCAUAAAGAACGCAAAAUACGCCAUGCAAAUGUUCAUUCGGAGGUUGAUUGCCCUCUGUGGUACCCUACCCGAUCUUCCCUCGAGACGAUAUCUCAACAUGCAUCUGUUCUAUACUGAGGAUUGCGAUCCGGACUACGAGCCUCCGGGCUUCAAAGAGUCUGAUAGUGAUACUGUUUUCUUUCCGGACACUGAUUGGAAGAGGGAGAGCGUGUCUUGCGGAACAAUGGAUGGUGGCUUUCACGCUGUCACACUCAAAGUAUCCUAUCUACGAAAUAUUACGCAGGAAUCGAGCCAGUCUGCUGGAGUGGAUCGUGGCCUUCCGGCCAACUUGACAUACACCGAACCGGUAUCCAGAGAUUUCGAUAUUGAGGUGCUGAAAGACCCUGCUCCUGUCGAGCAUGCGGAGCAAACGGAGAACGCGGAACAGACAAAUGUAGAGAGGGUUGCGGUUCUCAAAGUAAGCCAAGAGAUGAGGGCUUUGACAAUGGCCGCUUCAGCUUCUCAGUCGAUCCAGAAAACCAGCCAUCGCGUUGAUCGAUAUUCAACAACUCGCGGCUCUAACCCGCACCCGCAGGCUGACGUGCUAGCUCGCAUCCCUGAAGAUGGACCAACUCAGCGCAGCAAUCUAGAGGAUAGUCUGAACGACUACGAGAUGGAUCUUGAUGAAGCUAACACACGAGCAAUGCCUGGUAAUCCUGCACCUAUCACCAAUCUUUCUCGAGAAACACAAGAUGCCCGACAAGCGCACCAGGUCAUUGACAUGUCAGCUUCCUCUUCUCCACGAGCUCAAGAUACCCAGCCUCCGGGUGAUGUCCAGAUCAAGAAGAAACUGGAGCGAAUGCUAGAGCCAUCUCCUCAAGACAGUGAGUUGGUGGAGACGCAGCAAUUGAGUCAAUCUUUGAGCCGUAUGGAUCGUCAUCUGAAGAUGGUUGAAAACAUGCCGCCGGCCCAACUGUCCGAGAGAAAGAUCAAGGAGCUAGAUGGUAGGAGAAAUUCACUUCUCCCCCCAAGAGAGAACGCGUCUAGCAAGCGAAGGCGCUCUGCUUCUGUCGACCUCACCGGGGAGAAGGACAUCACUUCCUGCCAGUGUGGAUGGGACCAAGACGAAGAUGACAUGAUAAACUGUAGCUUCUGUGAUACUUGGCAGCAUCUACACUGCUAUGGAUACUGUGGGUCAGACGAUCCUAGAAUUCCGGUAGUGCAUGCUUGCUACAAUUGCCUUCUUCAAGACAAGGAAGCGCCUCGGCUACCAGAGAUGAGGGACCUAGCUUUACAGCGACGGGGAAUGCACAUCAUUGAGAAGCAAGGAUAUACCAACGAUCGAGAUUUCUCAGCCGCGCUCCGCUCUGAUCUCCAAACUGCCAGUCGACUUUUUAAUCAUCUUCGCAAGCAAGGCUAUGUUGUACCUGUGCCAGGACCGAGGAAGAAGGGAUCAAAGCCAAAAUACACGGCUGCAACGGCUGAGCCAAUAUUCGCACAAAUGAUGCGCGAGUACUUCGACCCCAUGACGAAAGUUUCGCAUCAUUUCGUCGAAUUGCCUCAGCCAAAGGCGCUGCCGAUAGAUACCAGCGUGACGCAGUUCACGAAUACUCAAUUCACGUUGCCCGAACCCAGAACGAAUACGCAGUAUGCUCAGUUUGCGUUCCCCGACAGCCAAGUCGUCUUCGAUUCGAUGGAAACCGACGACGUCGACGAGACGCAGGAUGAUGCUGCGACGGGACAGCUUACUCCGAAGCCAUCGUCCUCCUUCCACCACCGGUCGGAUCGCAUUGCGUCGUUGGCCGCUCGGCAGACCCGAAUUGCCGCGCAAUCUACUUCACAGCCACCAGUCACCCAGGUAGACGAUUCCCAGGGCAGCCAGAGCUCCAGAUACCCACUGCGUCACCGCACCGCCAAUGAAAGCUCGCCACCCAAGACGAACGCGGGUCGAGUCAGAAGCGUGAUGGCGGCGCCCAAGACGCCUGGAAAUAAGAGAGGACGGGACGAAGAUCAAGAGAACUUCCGUGGCGAGACGCCCGCUGAGAGAGCGAAGAGGCUGAAGAGCUCGAUGAGCCAGAGCUUGAUUGAUAUUGGCGAGACGAUGACGCCUUCGCCUGCGCCGACGUCGUUUCACGACAACAGAUUCUGAGGAUGAUGAGAAAGAUGAGAUCUGAGAAUGAUUUGUAAAGGGAAACGUGUCGCGAAAAUGGGGUUUCGGGCAAGCUUUUCGUCGGGUAAUGUGUUGAGGCGAUAUCGUGAGGAUAUGAUUUACGAUGACGAAGGUAUGGAAAAUGGAUUACGACAAUAUGGUCAUGACUCCCAUGUACAUGGCUAUAAUGAAGACAACUCCGGGGGGGGGGG